GGAUAAAGAAAUAGGUCUGCGAUUUUCCGUCACUAAAAAAGAUUAAACGCCUCGAGAAAGGAGGAAAGGGAUCGACGGAGAUUCAACGGCGGGGGGUCGUUUAAUUUAUCGGAAAUUCAAUUGAAAUCCAAUAAAUCCUUCUUGAGAUUCCAAUCCUAAUCCAAGUUAGAUCAUCAGAUUCAGCUUGGAUCCCUCUUUCGCUCUGUGUUGGAUUGAAGGAGAAGGAGGAGAGGGGAGCUCGGGAUUUCUUUGGGGUGGUUGAUACUGAUGGACGGGUUGAUCAGCAAGCUGAGGAACCUCGACGCCUACCCCAAGAUCAAUGAGGACUUCUACAGCCGGACGCUCUCCGGCGGCCUCAUCACCCUUGUCUCCUCCGUCGUCAUGAUCCUCCUCUUCAUCUCUGAGCUCCGAUUAUAUUUACAUGCAGUUACUGAAACAAAGCUUGUAGUGGAUACUUCAAGGGGAGAACAUCUAAAAAUCAAUUUUGAUGUCACAUUUCCUGCCCUGCCAUGUUCUAUUCUAAGUCUUGAUGCUAUGGACAUCAGUGGGGAGCAACACUUGGAUGUGAAACACGACAUCAUCAAGAGAAGAUUAGAUUCUCAUGGCAAUGUUAUAGAAGCCAGGCCAGAUGGAAUAGGAGCUCCGAAGAUUGAAAAGCCUUUGCAGAGACAUGGAGGCAGGCUUGAGCACAAUGAGACAUACUGUGGUUCCUGCUAUGGUGCUGAAACUACGGAUGAUCAUUGCUGUAACUCUUGCGAGGAAGUCCGUGAAGCAUAUAGAAAGAAAGGCUGGGCUCUUUCAAAUCCAGAUAUGAUUGAUCAGUGCAAAAGAGAGGGUUUUCUCCAAAGGAUCAAAGAUGAAGAAGGUGAAGGCUGUAAUAUCUAUGGAUUUUUGGAAGUCAACAAAGUUGCCGGAAAUUUCCAUUUUGCUCCUGGGAAAAGCUUUCAACAGUCAAAUGUUCACGUACACGAUCUGCUGGCAUUUCAUAAGGACAGUUUUAAUAUCAGCCACAAGAUCAACAGGCUAGCUUUUGGAGACUAUUUCCCUGGUGUUGUGAAUCCUCUUGAUGGUGUGGAGUGGACCCAGCCGACACCUACUGGGAUGUAUCAGUACUUUAUCAAGGUUGUACCAACAGUAUAUACAGACGUGAGCGGUCACACCAUUCAGUCAAAUCAGUUUUCGGCAACUGAGCACUUUAAAGGUGCGGAAGUGGGGUUGUUACAAGCCCUACCUGGAGUUUUCUUCUUCUAUGACCUCUCUCCAAUUAAGGUUACUUUCACCGAGGAACACGUGUCAUUCUUGCAUUUCCUAACAAACAUGUGCGCAAUAGUUGGAGGUGUUUUCACGGUCUCUGGGAUCCUAGAUUCCUUUGUAUACCACGGGCAAAGGGCAAUCAAGAAGAAGAUGGAAAUCGGGAAAUUCAGUUGAGGAAAGCCUUCCCAUCGUCCAUUCGACUGCCAACUCAUUGAUUUUUGCGAGGAAAGAGCCUUCCGAAAAGCCACAGCAGGACGAGAGGAGCAGGCAAAUCGGUAUUUACCUUCCUGAGUCGGGACGUGAUUGUAAUCGGGUGACCGAGACAGCUUUUUAUCAGUGAUGUCCUGUUCGAUCAAAUGGAUUGAACUGAUGUCUCUGCUGGGUUUCACAUCGAAUUGUGGUUUCUUGUUCUCCUGUCUGAUUUCACAAUUGAUUCAGCUGCUGCUGGGAAAAUUUCCUUUACUAGAAAAUGCAAUUUUCUAUCCCUUCUUCUCCCA